GCAGGACACUGGCCCUCCUGGACCGAGUUUGGACAGCCCUGUGAUAGUCUAUUGUGGAUUGUGUUUCGUUGUAAUAUGCUUGUGGCCGCCGGGGGUCGCUGUAGCCGCAUGCGCGGAAUGACGCUGACGCACAGCCUCGGACUCGCUCAGCUGCAGGAAGGAAUAACAACAUGGCGGGCAAUUCAAAAGAGCAGCUGCUGUCUAUGCGUGUUGACUGCUCAGAGUCUGGGCUGUCCUCUGGUGGAUGGGUUGUACCUGCGGGAGCCGGACAGUGUGCAGGAGCUCCUCUGCUCUCCUUCAUUACACAGGACUGAUACACUCGAGUGGAUUUGCGCCAGCAUUUGUCCAUCCCUAAAGGAGAAGUUUUCCACACUUAAAGCAACUCAGAAUGAGGAUUUAGUUCAAGAACUCGCACGGUUUGGUUAUGAAAUGAUGUUAUGUAAAGCUAACGACCAGGAUUUAAUCAAGGGUCUUGCACCACCAUUACAGCAGCUGAGGUUUCUGGAGCAGCUUCUGAUGGUCAUUCAAGCAGACUCCUCCAUAAACUCUAGGCAGAACUCAUCCUCUGGUGAUGACAGUGUGAGGAACGAUGAUCUUCUUGGGGAACUAAUGUUUCAGGAUCACUUAUCAGACCAUAUGAAUCCGGUCUGCAACCCGUGGCCUGCACAUAUCCGUGAACAUCUAAUACGCACACAGUCAACUCACAACAAAAUGAACGGAAAACAACACAGUAAACCCAGUGAUUUCAUAAACAGGAGUGAUCAACAUUCCCGACUAGGAAGUCAUGGAGAAGAAAGCCUGACAGAGGCCAUGGAUCUGCUGCAGUCUACACAGAGCACAUUAGUCGAGCUCCACAAAGAGUGUGAGUUCCUUCACUCACAUUCGUCAGGUUCGGCAGCUGUUCUGUCCCCCUGUGCGCUGAAAGUGGCCAUCUCAGACAUGUCUCAGCUCAUGACUGCUUUCGGACACAUCUACAACGCAGACUUUAAGGCGUACUGCCAAAGAGCCCCUCCGGCCCUCAGUUCUGGCGCUAUUGUGUUUCAGUCUGUACAUCAGCUCCUGCACACCUGUAAUACGGAGCUCGAGGCUCUUAAGCAGCUGUCUGAAACCUCGUCGUCUCUCACACAAACAGUGCAACAGCUGCAGACAGACAAGCGGUACUGGUCUAAAGGGGAGAAGCACACGCUGCCCGAACGGCUGGAGUAGCUAAAGAACAGAUAUGUGGCUUUUCUCUCCCUUCACCAAUCAUAACCUCAAGGACUAAGCAGAAAUCUACAACCUACAGCUUGGAUUUAAUUAGUGAAAGACAUGAGGUGUCAAACAUAACCAAUCAGACCACUUAUUUACAUGUUCAGGACUGUUCCCAAAGCACUGUGAUUUAUAACACCACUAUGGCAGAUUUAUACUAGGAAUAAAUAACAAACUGUUGUUUUUUGAACUCCAAGACACUGAUCAAUAAGCAUUCUACUUAUAAAAUUGCCUUCUAAUAGAAUACUCCUAAACAGCUAUAAACUAUAAUCCUCUUUCUUUACAAAAGCCUGUGAUUAGUAUAUGCCAGUGUUUGAUUUGCAAUCACUGUGUCAUGACCUGUUUUUUUUUAAUAAAGACUCACCUUCUAGAAACACAAGG